UGACCGAAAGGAGAAAUCAAAAAAAAUAUAUAUGUCUGUAGCUUCAUGAGCCUUCCAGCGUCAAGAUGGUAGAUUUCGAGAAAUUAGUUUCCGGUGAGUUCCAUAACCUAUACUUAUAUCACUUAUAUAUAGAAACAGCUAUAUAUCCUCUGUUGUCCCAGGUACGACUUUGACUCAGCUCGAGAAUUUCUGAGAACAGAUACUCAAUUGUAAAUUGUAUAAGUCAUAUUAUGAAUAUUGAGGUGAUGGAGAAGAAGCUCUACGAUGCAUGUUUGAGAGGAGAUGUUGACAAGUUGGAGGAACUGAUAAGAGAAGAUGAACUAAUUCUUGCUCGAGUUUCGAUAUCGUCUUGCUUCAACCAAACAGUCUUGCAUGUAGCUUCUAUGUUAGGUCAUUUUAAAUUUGCUGAAUCUAUCCUUUCUUAUAAGCCUGACUUCGCAAGCAGGUUAGAUUCACAAGGUCGUUCGCCUCUUCAUCUGGCAUCUGCAAACGGAUAUGCUAAUAUCGUUAUACUCUUGUUGGAGUACGAUCCGAAAAUGUGCAUUGUUCUUGAUGAGGAUGGAAGGACUCCUCUCCAGUUGGCUGUGAUGAAUGGUCAGCACGAGGCUGUAAGUGAGUUGAUAAAAGUUAAGUCCGAGUUACACGAACAAGAAAUAGGAGAAGUACUGCAAUUGUGUGUUAUGUAUAAUCGUCUGAAUGUUCUGGUGCUUGUAUUAGAAUUAACUAGCCAGCAUUUGUCCAACAGAAGAUAUGACAAAGGCAAGACUAUUUUACAACUCGCAACAUCUUUGACAAGGACACAGAUAGUAAAAUACCUGGUGACUAGAAGUGAAGUGAAUGUGAAUGCAGUAGAUCAAAACGGCUUCACAGCUUUGGACAUAAUAGAGCAGAUGCCCAAAGAUGUCAAAACCAUCGAAAUCAAGGAGCUUCUCAUCUCAGCAGGCACAUCGAGGGCUAAAGAAAUCAAAGCAGCAACCAAGACUCGUAAGAGUGUAAAAAGAUUUACAAUCUUCCAAGACAAAAGAGAAAAGAGAGACAAGACAAUGCUCAUAGUAGCAUCCGUCAUAGCUGCCAUGGCCUAUCAAGCCGCGAUUAGCCCUCCAGGCGGUGUCGCGGGAAUGGACGCCUCAGUAUACUCAGAUCCUUCCCCUUCUAAUGGAAUCUACGAUCUCGGACCAGCAAAUUCACUCCUAGCCUACUUCUACCCGGACUUGAGCAACGCCUUCUGGAUAUGCAACACGAUCUCCUUCAUGGCCUCUCUGAGUGUCAUUUUUUUAUAUGUUAGCGGUGCAACUCUGAAGCAGAAGUUCUUUAUCUGGCUCAUACGAGCGGCCAUGUGGAUAACUCUGUCGUCGAUGACAAUGGCGUAUUCGUGUGCUGUGGCAGCUACUACUCCGGAGUAUGAGAAUAACAGCACACUUGUUGCGCUUGUAUCAGGGCUAGCAACAUGGCUGGGAUUGAUUGGUCUGGCGAUUGUGGUUCUUAUUUAUCGAUCUGUACGGUACAUUGUGAGAACAAAUAAAAGGGAAAGGACAGCUGGUAGGAUGAAGAUUAGGACUAAUAUUGUUUAGUAAUAAUAAACAUGUAAUCCAUGUUUAUAAAUGAUGAGUAGAUCUAGGAAGAGGUAUGAAAGAUACACGUGUUUCCCUAAAUUUUUGUUUUACAAUUUUUCGUCAUUCUAAAUAUUUUGAAAUUAUAAAAGUGUCUUAUAAAAUUUAAAAAUACAUAGUUAUUUUCAGGAAA